CUCGUUUUGGUUGACCAUUUGAUAAAAUAAAAUAUUCUUGUCGCAUCUUGUUUUGUAGAACUUUUCAUAUACUUUUGAAUGAUAUAAUUUUUAAUUUUUAUUACUCUACCAAUUUAAAAUUAAAGUGAUUUUAAAAGAGAUGAUAUUUUGCACGUCGUUCAAAGUGUUGCAAAUAAAUUGGGACGGAGGGAGUAUAAAAUAUUUAAUAAUUGGGAACAAAUAUGAAAAAGAACAUAUAAUUGGCUACUAUUUAUGAAACUACUCUUUUUAUUAAAAGAAUUAUUGAUUUAAUUUCACACGGAUUAAAGAUGGAUGCGUUCACAGGAUAUAUCUCUUCUUCAUGGAUUGGGUGUCAAAUUUGUUCUUGUGCCAGGGACGCAUGUGCAGAUUGAUAGGCUUUUGUCUCAGCGUGGAAGGGAACCAGAGUAUGUAGGUCGCUACAGAAUCACAGACCCUGAUUCCCUAGAGGCGGCAGUGGAUGCCGCUGGAAGAAUUCGAAUGCUUUUAGAGACAAAGUUGUCCCCUGGACCUUCCCUCACUGGCAUCCGCCGACACGGAGACAAUAGUCGCUGGCAUGACAGUGUCAGUGUUGCCAGUGGUAACUUCUUAGCUGCUAAGAGAAGGGGAGUUGUUGAGGGAAUUGAUUACGGAUCAACCGGUGAAGUGAAGAAGAUUGAUGUUUCUCGAAUACGCGAGAGGCUUGAUCAAGACUCCAUUGUGUUAAUCAGCAAUGUUGGUUAUUCGAGUUCUGGCCAAGUUUUAAAUUGCAACACAUAUGAAGUUGCUACAGCCUGCGCAUUGGCCCUUGGUGCAGAGAAACUUAUUUGCAUUAUGGACGGUCCGAUAUUAGAUGAAUCCGGUCGUCUCAUUCGUUUCUUAACCCUUGAGGAUGCAGACUUGCUGGUGCGCAGAAGAGCUUAUCAAAGUGAAACUGCAGCAACUUAUGUGAAAGCAGUCGGUCAUGAAGGCCUAUUGGACUAUGAACCUUCAGAUCGAUCAGUGUUUUCCCUAUAUGGGAAUGGAUCAUUCCAGAAUGGGGUUGGCUUUGACAACGGGAACGGACUUUUGUGUGGGGAAAAAGGUUUUGCAAUCGGUGGACAAGAGAGGCUAAGUCGAUUGUAUGGUUACCUUUCAGAGUUAGCCGCAGCAGCUUUUGUUUGUAGAGGAGGUGUUCAAAGAGUUCAUCUCUUAGAUGGGACCAUUGGUGGGGUUUUAUUGAAGGAAUUGUUUCAAAGGGAUGGGAUUGGUACAAUGGUGGCUAGUGAUCUUUAUCAAGGAACUCGAAUGGCAAAGGAAACAGAUGUUCCUGGGAUAGAAAAACUAUUGCAAACUUUAGAAGAGGAUGGGGAAUUGGCCGCGAGGACAGAGGAGGAUCUUCGUGAGGCAUUGGGUUCCUUCAUCGUCGUGGAAAGAGAGGGUCAAAUCAUAGCUUGUGGUGCUCUCUUUCCCUUCUUGAAAGACAAAUGCGCGGAGGUUGCUUCUCUUGUUGUUUCUCCCGAUUGUCGUUGCCAAGGACAAGGAGACAAAUUACUUGAUUACAUUGAAAGGAAGGCAUCUACCCUUGGGAUACAAAUGCUUUUUCUCUUCACAACUCGCAGUGCAGACUGGUUUAUAAGGCGCGGCUUUUCAGAAUGUUCCAUUGAUAAGAUACCGGCGGAGAGAAGAAAACGAAUUAACCUCUCAAAAUAUUACAUGAAGAGGUUGCAGCCUGAUAGAAGUGGUGUUUGCUUUGGUAUAGUACGUAGCGCAUUGGCUUAAUUGUGUGAAUGACCCUUGUACUUGGUGCAUUGCUGGUUGUACAUUAAACUGGACUUGCAAAACCUUUUUGUAAUACUACAAGUCCCUACUUCGUGAUAAAUAAAUAAAGAAAAGUUCAUACUUUAU